UUCGCCGUGCGGAUUAACGGGUGGUUUCCAAACUGGUCGCAGGAAUUAGGCGUUUGUCCUUGUGUCGCCAGUGGCGUGGGCUGGCUGAAGCCGGUAGUUGAUGUGCUGAGGGCGGCUGUCUGUAGUGGGAGUGUUCGAGCAUCCGCUUGGAGUUGAAGUUGGAGCUUGCUGUUGAAGAUGGCAGACCCAGAUGUCCUCACCGAGGUUCCAGCAGCAUUGAAGCGGUUAGCCAAGUAUGUAAUCCGGGGUUUUUACGGCAUUGAGCACGUGUUGGCCUUGGACAUCUUGAUCCGAAACCCCUGUGUAAAGGAAGAGGACAUGCUGGAGCUGCUCAAGUUUGAUCGGAAGCAACUUCGAUCUGUUUUGAAUAACUUAAAGGGAGACAAGUUCAUCAAAUGCAGAAUGAGGGUAGAGACUGCUGCAGAUGGGAAAACCACACGCCAUAACUACUACUUCAUCAAUUAUCGCACUCUUGUUAAUGUUGUAAAAUACAAACUGGACCACAUGAGAAGGAGGAUUGAAACAGAUGAGAGAAAUUCCACCAAUCGGGCUUCCUUCAAAUGUCCUGUCUGUUGCAGUACUUUCACUGACCUAGAAGCUAAUCAGCUGUUUGACCCUAUGACAGGAACUUUCCGCUGCACCUUUUGCCACACAGAGGUAGAAGAAGAUGAGUCAGCAAUGCCCAAAAAAGAUGCUCGCACACUGUUGGCAAGAUUUAAUGAACAAAUUGAGCCCAUUUAUGCAUUGCUUCGAGAGACAGAGGAUGUAAACUUGGCCUAUGAGAUACUUGAACCUGAACCCACAGAAAUCCCAGCCCUGAAGCAGAGCAAGGACCGAGCAGCAACUACUACUGGAGCUGCUGGUCUGGCAGGUGGGCACCACCGGGAAGCAUGGACCAGCAAAGGCCCCUCUUAUGAGGACUUGUAUACCCAGAAUGUUGUCAUUAAUAUGGAUGACCAAGAUGGUGUUCAUCGCACCUCACUGGAGGGGAAAUCUGCCAAAGAGAGGCCCAUUUGGUUGAGAGAGAGCACUGUCCAAGGGGCAUAUGGUUCUGAGGAGAUGAAGGAAGGUGGCAUCGAUAUGGACACAUUUCAGGGGCGUGAGGAAGCUCGUGCAGGGCCUGAUGACAAUGAGGAGGUCAUGCGAGCUCUACUCAUUCAUGAGAAAAAGACUUCUUCUGCCACAGCUGGCUCAGUGGGAGCAGCCGCUCCAGUGUCUGCUGCCAAUGGCAGUGACUCGGAGAGUGAGACCAGUGAGUCGGAUGAUGACUCCCCACCCCGGCCAGCAGCUGUGGCUACCCAUCACCGGGAUGAGGAUGAGGAAGAUGAUGAGUUUGAGGAAGUAGCAGAUGACCCCAUUGUUAUGGUGGCCGGCAGUCCAUUCUCCUAUAGUGAAGUUAGCCAACGGCCAGAGUUGGUAGCCCAGAUGACACCAGAGGAGAAGGAAGCAUACAUAGCCAUGGGUCAACGCAUGUUUGAGGACCUCUUUGAGUGAGCUUUCCCUGCUCUCUCCUCCUGUUAGCUCAUUUCAGAGAGAACUUCCCACCAAGUGCUAAAGUGGCUCCUGCCCCCUUGAUGUCAAGCACCUACUAAUCUAGUACAAAAGCAUAAUAGGAGAGAAAGUUUGAUUUUUUUUUUUUUUAAUGUCAGAAACUUCCAAGAAAGGUAGGUGGGCUAUAAGUAUUCCCUCUCCUCUUAUUACUAAAGUAUUAAUAUUUUUCUGUAAUUCCUUACCUAUUUUUUUCCUUCAUUUUUAAGACAUGUUUUUCUCACUCGGAUUAAAAUGCUCCUGUCUAAAUUAGGAUAAACUUAUCCUAUUACAACUGUUUUCUGGUCAGGCAUUUGAAACAAUUCCUUGAAGUCCUGCCAACCAAAGUAGCUUACCAAGAAGCAGAUCACUGGUUAGGGGAGCCCCAAACACUUCAUCUUUCCUCCAAAUUGAGUUUGGGAUCACCCUAUAAAAGGAGUGAGAGAGUACAGAAGAGAGAGAGAGAAAUUAGAGGAGAGCAUGCACGUAUGUCCAGGGUUACAGAGAUAGAGCAGGCUAGGCAUACCUUCAUGAAGAAAUCAGGAAAGUGUGCACAAGGGUAAGGAAUCUGUCCACAACUGAAGAACUGAGAGUGGGGACAGUGCUUUAGAACUGCCCCAGUGUGAUUUGGAAAUCUAUGUAAAGCCGAGCCUGGUCCCACUUCCCUCCUGCUCUACAGGCCUUUUGCCAGUGCUCUUAAUUAAGGAGCUGUUCGAGUAGAAAGCAGUAGAGGAUUGUUGGCUACUCCACUCUUCCUCGAUAGCUUCUAAACAUCAAGGCCUCUGUCUCUCCUGUGAGUCUUGUCAGACUUUGUAUUCUAGCCUCUCCACUGUGUUGUUGAGCAUUGUAACCUCAAGGCACACAGUUAUGUGUCAUGGUGUUAUUCCUGCAGGCAGAACUUUCAAAAUAAAGGACUUUCAUAUAAGGUCUACAACCAUUACAUUAUAUUUUAUAGUGGUUUCCCUUGCAUUGUGACUUUUAAUUAUCAUUUCUAGUGUAUGUGAAUUGAAGAGCGUUUGAGUAUCUGAGCCUUGUAUAAAGUGAUUAUUCAUUUACCUGGUUGUUGGAUGACUGAAUAUUGAUGGUUUACUUAUUAUUGUUUAAAAUUUGAAUUUCUGGUUCUAACAUCUUGGAGUAUAACUAAAAUGAACACUCUUCCCAUUUAAAGAUGUUAGAGAUGUCUCACUAGCCAUAUAUCAUAGGUGCAAUUGGAUGCAAGCUAAAUUCUGUUUUGUUUUGUUUUUGGCAUUGAAUUGCCUUAAAAUACCUUUUAUGUAUUUAUCUUAAAUACAUGAACUGUUCAACUUUUAAAUUUUGUUUUUUUAAACUUUUAUGGUUCUAGAAAGAUGUUGAUGUUUAAACUAUGUUCUUUGUUGCAUUUUAUGUGAUUAUGUGUAUGAGUGUGUUUUCUAUUGUGGAAAAAUAUAUUAAUAAAGGCACUCAUUAAAGCAGUGUUUGAAUUAGACCAGA